AAGCUUUCAUUGACUGGCUGACUAACGCUGAGAAAACUUUGGGUGGCCUCAAACCUGCCUCACGUGUUAUGGAGACCGUCCUCUCCCAAAUUGAAGAGCACAAAACCUUCCAAAAAGACAUUGCGGCUCAACGCGAGGUGAUGCUCAGCUUGGACAAGAAGGGAACCCACCUAAAAUACUUCAGCCAAAAGCAGGAUGUUAUCCUGAUUAAGAAUCUGCUCAUCAGCGUUCAACACCGCUGGGAGCGUGUUCUGUCAAGAGCCGCCGAACGAACUAGGGCACUCGAUCAUGCGUACAAGGAGGCCAAGGAGUACCACGAUUCGUGGCACGAACUGUAUUCAUGGCUGGACGAAGCUGAAAAAGGAUUUGACGAUGCUGUUCUGCAACUGGGUAAAGACCCCGAGAAAAUCAAGCAGCUGUUGGCCAAACACAAGGAGUUUCAACGAACUCUUGGUGCUAAACAACCUACUUAUGACGGCGUCGUGCGACUCGGUAAACUUGUCAAGGAUCGUGCUCCGAAGACAGAUGAGCCCACCUUGAAGCAGAUGAUGUCUGACCUGAAGGCCAAGUGGCAAUCUGUUUGCAACAAGUCAGUUGAUCGCCAGAGGAAGCUCGAAGAAGGAUUGCUUUUCUCUGGGCAAUUCAAGGACGCCAUUCAGGCGUUGGUCGACUGGCUGUGCAAAACGGAUCCGGCUCAAAUGAUGGAAGGUCCCGUCCAUGGAGAUUUAGAUACGGUGAUGGCGCUGCGUGAACAGCACAAGAACUUUGAAGAAGAGCUUCAAAGCCGAUUAGCUCAGACCAAACAGGUCCGAAAAAUGGCCGUGGAUGUUAUGUCAAAUGCCAGUGAAGAGGACAGAUCAAACAUUCAAAAGCAAGUAUCCGAAUUGGAUGUCACCUGGGAAAAUGUUUCCAAAGCUUCAAACACCAGAUCUGCUCGCCUGGAUGAUGCUUUAGCCCAAGCGGAAACUUUGCACAAAGCAGUCAACAUGCUUCUAAAAUGGCUCUCAGAUGCUGAAAUGAAACUACGAUUCGCCGGCGCUCUACCCGAUGAAGAACCAGAAACAUUGCAACAGUUGGCAGACCAUCAUAAAUUUUUGGAAGAGGUGAUCAAGAAAGAGGCUGACAAAGACGAUACCUUGGCAUUGGCUCAAGACAUCCUUGGCAAGGCCUAUCCCGAUGCUGUUUCUGUUAUCCGUCAUUGGAUUACCAUCAUUCAAUCUCGAUGGGAAGAAGUCAUGGCAUGGGCUAACCAGCGUGAACACCGUCUUAACGAACACCUCCGCAAUUUGCGUGAGAUGGCCUCCAUUCUAGAAGAGCUUCUGGCUUGGCUGUCCACUGCUGAGAAGACUCUGAUUACUCUGGAAGCCGAAACCUUACCUGAUGAUCUACCUAUCAUCGAAGGUUUGAUCAAGGAUCACCAAGAAUUUAUGGAGGACAUGGCUAAACGACAGCCCGAAGUGGAUCGCGUGUGUAAAACCAAGCAACCACCUCGAAAUAAUCAGCCAGGCGAAAUCGAGCGUAAACCAUCUCGCAACAAGUCGACAUCUUCAGUGCCUGAUCGAGAAUUCAGCCAGAGUCCGACCCGGGAAUCAUCACCGGAACACGAUACUCCUGCGCGCCGUCCCAGCCGUGUAACACCUGACCUAGAAAAUUCGCUAAUACCCCGUCUAGUCCGACCCAGGUCAGUUAUAACUACGUUUAACGGUUCGCCUCAACACGAUAAUUUUACUUUGGAAGUUGAAGAGCUACCAGAACUUAAAGCAGGAGGUUACCAAUUAAAUUACUUUUAUGUUGGAGGGUCAUCGAGUAAGGCUGUCAACAGUCACAUGAAUGAUUUUUUUCGAGAACCGAUCGGAGAUGAAGAGAAGAAGCCAGCCAGAAUAAAUCGUUUGUUUGGACAACCCGACUUCAAUUUAGACAUUGAAUUUCGCCGGUUCUGCAUAACGGAGUCGUUUGGAACGGAAUAA